AUGUCACUGUACACGCCCGAAUCGCUUCGCGCGCCGGCUCGGACCCCUCACUCCCCUUCAUCCGGAACGCGCUAUACGCCCACAACGACCACAAAGGGAGCCGACGUUUUUGGGGAUAUCACGGUGCCUAAUAUGAUUAGGAGCAGUCCGGUCUUGACGCCCGGGAGAGAUAGCCCGGGGUGGGGAGGCAAGGGGAGGAUGCGGCAGGCAGGGGGAUAUGGGGAUCGCUUCAUCCCUACUCGAGAUGGGUCGGACAUGCACGCCGCAUAUCAAAUAGCGUCAGGCUCGGCGGAUGGGAAGCCAAAAGGGCGGAGAAGGAGCCCAAUCGGACAGUCUACCGAUGUCGAGACGAGAAAGGAAGAAGUGAACGCCACCUUCACCCAACUCCUCAAAGAAGAGCUCUUCCCUCCUUCCCACUCGCCUUCCCGCAAAACCCCCUCCGCCAAUCCGUCCACUUCACGCCAUAACCAGCUCCGCCGGCCCAUGACCUUCGAUAACUCCAACAUCCCUAAUCUCCCUUCCGCCAACUACCCCAUCUCCUCCGCUGGUACCACACCCCUGCACCACCACCCUCCGCCCGCUAUUUCCGGUAUGGUCGAUCGGGAGCGGGGCGAGCGUGAACUCUCCCCAGCCUCCACAUUACCUCCUCUUCCCCUACACGCGCCCGCUACGCCCACAUCAGGACACGCUCGAGCACCCGGAGCAGGCCCCAGCGGGACCCAUCACCGAGCCCAUCAGUCCCAGCUCGCCCUAACGUCUUCGUUGGGGCGGAGCGGCACCACUCCUCCGAAUUCCAACGAGCGCCGAUCAGCCUUCUCCCCUCCUCCUUCCAACACAAAUAAUCCAGGAUCGCCCUCCACACCCAGCAAGAAACGGCUUCUCAACUUCUCGUCCCCCGCCGGUACGCGGAUGACGCAGUUCACGGCCGGGCUGGACAGUAUGGAGCAUGAAAAGUACAGUCUGAGUCCGGUGGGCAAGAGGAGCCAGGAGGUGUUGCUUAGUCCGAGGAAAAGUGUUAGGCAGAUAAGUAGGACGCCGUUCAAGGUGCUGGAUGCGCCAGAACUUGCCGACGACUUCUACCUCAACCUCGUCUCGUGGUCUUCGUCCAAUGUCCUCGGUGUUGGUCUGAACACUUGCGUCUACCUCUGGUCGGCGCAGACUAGCAAAGUGACCAAGCUUUGCGAGAUGCCAGUGACGCUAGUGGGCGGGGAGGAAGUCAGCGAUGUGGUGACGGGUCUGGAAUGGACAAAUAAAGGAUCCACACUCGCCAUCGGAACCAACCGCGGAACCGUCGAGAUCUGGGACGCCGAGUACUGCAAGCGCAUACGAACCAUGACGGGCCAUACCGCCCGCGUCGGCUCUCUGGCAUGGAACGGCCAUAUCCUCUCUUCCGGCUCUCGCGAUCGCACCAUCCUCCAUCGAGACGUACGCGUUCCGGACCAGUACAUCCGCCGGCUUGCCGGGCACCACAAGCAGGAAGUGUGCGGGCUGAAAUGGAACCCGGAUACCGACCAGCUCGCGUCGGGCGGGAACGACAAUAAGCUGUUUGUAUGGGGCGGAACGGAUACUCGGCCGACGUGGCGGUUUGGGGAGCAUCGUGCGGCUGUCAAAGCAAUAGCGUGGAGUCCGCACCAGCGGGGCGUACUGGCCAGUGGAGGAGGGACGGCGGAUAAGAAGAUUAGAUUCUGGAACAGUCUCACGGGCGGUCUGGUCUCAGAGUGGGAUACAGGAUCUCAGGUCUGUAAUCUCAUGUGGUCACUCAACUCUAAUGAGAUUGUAUCGACACACGGCUAUUCCGGCGGACCCGUAUCGAACCAAAUCCAUAUCUGGCGGUACCCAUCCAUGACCCAAGUCGCCACGCUCACCGGCCACACCUUUCGGGUGCUGUACCUAGCCAUGUCCCCGGAUGGGCAGACGAUCGUCACCGGUGCAGGGGACGAGACGCUGCGGUUUUGGAAUGCGUUUCAGAAGGGGAAGGGGAAAGCGUCGGUCGGUGGGGGAGAGGCCAAGGUUGGGUUUGGGUCGGGGUUGGGGAAGAUCCGCUAG